AUGGCACCAAAGUCAGCAUACAUCAACCUAGUUUUAGUUGGAUCCAGUCUAGCCCUGGUCUCUCCUGACGGACACACCGGCCGCCUCCCUGCGUUGGGAUGGAAUUCAUGGAAUGAAUAUGAAUGCGCCAUCAACGAAUCCAUAUUCUUGGAAGUAGGGAAUCUUUUUGUUUCUCUUGGUCUAAAGGAUCUGGGUUACACUUAUGUCAAUAUCGACGACUGCUGGAGUGACAAAGUCAACCAGCGCGAUAGCACCACUGGACAGAUCAGGCCAGACGAAAAGAAAUUUCCACAGGGGAUAAAGCACACUGCAGACGAGAUCCACAAACUUGGACUCAAGCUCGGCAUCUACAGCGAUGCAGGCACCAAAACAUGCGGCGGAUAUGCUGGCUCCCUUGGGCAUGAGGAACUUGAUGCCAAUACAUUUGCAGAGUGGGGUAUUAUUAUUGUUCCAUUAGAGUCUAAUCUCAAGUACGACAACUGUAACGUCCCUUCGGAGUGGCAAGACCCCUACCAAUGGGUACCAGAAAACUGGUUUGGGGGUCCUCCUGCUGAAAAGCAAUCAAGUCCAGCACCAGCUGGGUACGACUGGAAGACCUCAAAGACCUUCACUCGCUACAAGUCUAUGAGCGAUGCACUCCUCAACACCAAGCGCUCUAUACAAUUUUCUGAAUGCGUGUGGGGACAUGCGCACGUCGAUGAGUGGGGUAGCGAAACUGGUCACAGUUGGCGGAUGUGGGGUGACAUUUUCCCUAGAUGGCAAGGUCAAUAUGGAAACGUUUGGGGUAUCAUGCCUAUCCUCAACCACGCUUCAUUCUUCUACAACACCACAAACUUCUGGGGCCAUGGUGACUGGGACAUGCUUGAAGUGGGCAACGGCGACCUCACCGUCCAGGAGAGCCGUUCGCACUUUGCGCUAUGGGCCGCCCUUAAGUCGCCGCUCAUCAUCGGCACACCGCUGCACAAUAUCAAGCCUGAAAUCUUGAAGAUUUUUCUCACUAAAGAGCUCAUCGAUUUCAACCAGGACUCUACCGUGGGAGCGCCGGCCAAGCCGUACAAGUGGGGUGUAAACCCAAACUUUACCUGGAAUCAGACUCACCCGGCUGAGUAUUGGAACGGACAGUCUUCCAAGGGCGUACAUGUAUUUGUUCUGAAUACGUUAUCUACUGCGCAGUCUAAAACUGUCGACUUUUCCGAAGUCCCUGGACUAGAUGCUGGCGCUGAAUACACGAUUGUUGACCUUUGGUCCGGAGAAGAACAAGGAAGAUUCAAAGGGAAAUACGAGAAGGUUGUCGACUCGCACGACACACUAGCAAUCAGGAUGGUCAAGGCUAAUUAAGCUGACUACCUUGUAUCCCAGGAUAAAUUGCGAGACUACUGGAUGCUACAAGACUCACAGUACCGUUUCACAUUUUCAAUGUUUGAUAAUUCAUCGAAAUCAAAUUGGCGUAGGAAUUUUAUAUACAUCUGU